GCAAACAUUAAAAAAACAAGUCCAGUAAAGGGAAAGAAGAAGAAGAACCUGUUUAAUUUGUUGUUGUUCAUUACCUCGAAUUGCUGCUGCUUCUUCUUCUUCUUCUUCUUCAAUCGAAUUCUCCUUCUCCUUCUCCUUCACCUUCUUCAACCGCCACAACAUGCCACUCUCCGCAACACCACCGCCACCAAAAACCCUGUCACCAAAAACCCAAACCCUCUUCGAGAUCAUCUCCACCACCCCCUCCGUCGCCGUCGAGAAAGCCCUAGAAGAUUCCGGCAUCAGGGUCACCCAAAACGAUGUCGAAGACGUCCUCAAGCUCUCCUACGACAUCCCCUCGCAUGCCGUCAAGUUCUUCCGGUGGGCCGGCCACCGCCUCCUCCAUGACCACACCCCCUACUCCUGGAACCUCGUCGUCGAUGUCCUCGGCAAGAAUCUCCUCUUCGACGCAAUGUGGGACGCCAUCAACUCCAUGGCCAAGCGCCCUGGGCUCAUCUCGCUAGCCACAUUUGCCUCCGUGUUUGGCAGCUAUGUCGCGGCGGGGCUCCCCGGGGAUGCUAUCUCCACCUUCGAGGUGAUGGAGAAUUACCGGUGCGUGAGGGAUGUCGUGGCGUUGAACACGCUCAUGAGUGCUGUGUGCAGUGGUGGGAAAACCCUAGAGGCUUAUGACUAUUUGCAGGAUGUGAAGAAGGAAAUUAGGCCUGAUGGUGACACCUAUGCCAUUUUGAUGGAAGGGUGGGAGAGGGAAGGGAAUGCUGUUGGUGCUAAAGAGACUUUUGCUGAGAUGGUGAUUGAGAGUGGUUGGGACCCUACCAAUGAGCCUGCUUAUGAUUCAUUUUUGUGUACUUUGAUUAAGGGGCCUGAUGGGAUUCGCGAGGCUGUUAAGUUCUUCGAUUCCAUGAGAGAUCGAAGGUGUUACCCGGGGUUGAGGUUCUACAAGGCUGCACUUGAGCAGUGUGUGAAGGAUCAUGAUGUGAGGAUGGCUGAGUUCUUUUGGGAGGUUAUGUUGGGGAGGAAGACGACCUUGCAGCCGACAACUUCGAUGUACAAUUCCAUGCUCGCCUUGUAUUUCUAUCACAAUGAUCUUGAAACAGCUAGGAAGAUGAUGGAUGACAUGGUUUAUCGAGGGGCUUUCCCGGAUUCGCUGACUUAUAACUUGAUGUUUCGGUUCUUGAUCAAGGGCAGGAAAUUGAGGGAUGCCAGCAGGGUGUUCAGUGAGAUGGUGAAGAAUGAGUGUGUGCCGGACCAGCCUAACUGUGACUCCGCUAUUAGGAUUUACUUGGAUAACAGGGAUGCCUUCAUGGCGAUGAAAGUUUGGAAGUGCGAGGUGGAGCAUUACCGGAGGGAUUUAGAGGAUACCGCGAAUUUACUGGUUGUAGGGCUUAGGGAUCUUGAUAGGGUCCCGGAAGCGGUUAAGUAUGCUGAGGAUAUGAUUGGCAGAGGGAUCAAGCUAACCUCUUCCACAUUGUCUAAGUUGAAACACAGCCUUGUCAAAGGAAGAAAAGAAUUUGUGUAUGAAGAGCUUUUGAGAAAGUGGAAAUCGCAUUAGGACCAAAGGGUAUGGAUUUGAUGGCAGGAAAGGGAGAAAAAACCUUCUCAUAAGGGAUCGGUGAAUUUUUUUUGCCAAUCAGUGCUAAUGCAACUUACCUCACCAGGGUCAUGCUUGCAAAGAAAAUUAUACUCAUGGUUUUGAAGUUUGAACAUCAGAAUACUUCAAUCCAUUUAAUGUGAGAAUUAUAAAAGCAAAGAACAGAAUAGGGUAUUAUACUAUCAUUAUCAUAGGGUUUCAAAAUUUAGUGAGGCCCUGACCACAUUAUUGAAAGUGGUAUUUACCUGAUUGAGAACAGGUUUUGAUAUCAAGACGAUUUGAUAAUAGAUAAUAAAUGAAACUGCAGACUUAGUUCAACUUAA